GGCGGAGAAGGGCCCGGCUCGGUCCAAGGUGGGGUGGUGAGUGUGGGGCAAAGCAAUGGGGGUGUUGAAUGUGGGGUCGUUGCACGAGAGAGAAUCCCCAAGCUAGUACUCACAAGAACAUAACGAAAUUAUGCUGAUCACCCAAAGUUUAAGGGGAGAAAUUGAUGAAUUUGAAGAAAUUACAUGGCAACUAGCAGGAGAUACUCCAAGUAACAUGAAAUAUACUGUCUUUGGGGGUCCCGGCGGUCACAAACGACAGAUUCCACCCGAAGCUCGGUUAACCAACUUCGCUGAUCUCCUCCCGCCCACGACGGGGCGGGUACCUGCCUCGUAGAAAAUACCUAUCUACCGUGUAAUGGGAAACUGAAUGCUGUUCUUUUGCGAUGAGACGGGACGGACAGUGUUUUUUGGACCCUGCAUACGGAGGAUUACAUCAGACUAACAAGGCCCCUUUUCCAACUGGGAGGCACGAGCCGGCCGGCCCUCGGUGGUGGGGCAGCGGCUUUGGCACAUGCAAAUCCCAAGCCUGGGAUGCCACCUUCUCUCCAGAAACACGCCGCUCUGGGCCUGUUCCUCUGCUCUUCGCUUACCCCAAUUUCAUUGCUACCCUUCUCCCGAAAUAUCUCCAACGUGGGGUUUCUACCUCGGUACACACACACUCCUUCACCCCCCCUCACAGCCCACACCCUACCUUACAAGACUGUCACUUCGCUACUAUGGCUUCGACUGCUGGAGAUAUCGGCGCACCUGUGAAGGAUGUAGAGAGUCACGCGCCUGCCGUGGCGAAGACGGAACCGACCAACGCAGCGACAGUAGAAGAUGUAGAUGAUGAUGUUCCCGACCCGGACGAGGAUGACCUGGACGAUCUUGAUGAUAUGCUCGACGAGUUCUCGGCGGUGAAGGUCGACGCGACAAAGCCAGAGGUCCCCCCAGGGCCAACGAAGCCGCCUGCUGCUGCGGCCGCUCAGGUAGACGAGGAGGAGGAAGGCAUGGAUGAAGAGUUCGCGAAGCAACUUCAAGCCGGCAUGGCAGACUUACUUGGGGGGUUGGAAGAUUCGUCGGAGAUGCAAGCCCAGUUCGAAAGCAUAUUCAAGGAGCUCGGCGCUUCGGCAUCAGCGAGUGCAGACAAAGCUUCGACAGACCCCGCCCCACCGACCGCCAGCGCCGGCCCUUCGACCGCAGGCCCCAAUAACACGGACGCUUCCUUCCAAGAAACAAUCCGACGCACGAUGGAGCGCAUGCAAACCUCGGGUGACCAAGCGACAGCCGCGGCCACGGCCGAAGGCCCCGAGGAUCUCCUCGCCGAACUAAUGAAGCAAAUGCAGGGCGCCGGGGCCGACGGUGGGGAAGGCGGCGAGGAGGAGUUCUCCAAGAUGCUUAUGGGCAUGAUGGACCAACUCACGACCAAGGAGAUUCUGUACGAGCCCAUGAAGGAGCUCGAUGACAAGUUCCCCGAGUGGCUCCAGAAGAACCGUGAGAAAACAUCGGCAGAGGAACUCAAGCGGUACGAGGAGCAGCAGAAGCUGGUGAAGGAGAUCGUCCUCAAGUUUGAGGAGCCAGGCUACUCGGACUCCCACAAAGCACAUAGAGAGUACAUUGUCGACCGAAUGCAACAGAUGCAAGCCUCGGGGUCACCUCCGCCCGACCUCGUCGGGGACAUGCCCUCGGCCCAGGAUGCGUUCAACAUGCCAGACGAGUCCUGCAACCCCCAAUAGCGUCGUUUAGGCCCGUGAUGAUAAGAAGAGCACUGCAGUCACUUAGGAUACAUUACAUAGCGCUGUCAGAAGCCAAAUUGAAUUCUAAUACCUGAACUCAA